AUGCCGGCUAUUCGGGCUGAUAACCCGAGGCCUUUUUACGACUACAAUGGCAUGACCUACACACUUUAUGUCGACACCCCUCGGCCAAACACACCCGACCCUCCGUGCCCGAGUUGCCGAUCUCAAACGCACCUCACCCUCGGUGUCAUGACGCUCACCACCGAGACCCUCCCAACUGCACUCGACCUCCUGCACCACCUCCCAACUCUCCCACCCGCAAGCGCACCCACGAUUGUCACCCUCGACAUCCUCAGAAGGGAAUCUCGACGUCGUGCCCACGUCCAUCUCGCCCCGACCUCUGUUCAGCCAAAUCAACGAGAUCUUCCCCGAGGGAGGCUUCAUCACCGACACGCGUCCCCUCAAGCGCACUUGAUGCUCAUACAGACGACCCAGGACAAAUCGACCUCUACCGUUUGA